AUGCCCUCUUCACAGAAGAUUCGACCUGUCCAAGGAACAGCAGAUGCGAGGACCAAAUUUACCCAGGACGAGCUCUCCAAGACGGUCGACUUCUGUUUCCAAGCAUUCCCACAUGCACCUGCUGAAAAGCGUGACGCUGUCCUCGAAAAAAUGAAGGGUAUCACCAGCGACGGCCGUGGCUCAGCCGACGAGGAAACAAAAGCAGCCGAGAAAGUGCUCGAAUCAGCCCUUUCUGCGGACGAGAUACGCAUCUAA